AUGGCACACAAGCUCCCUCAGAUCAGCGAGUUGCAAACUCUGUCAAAAUCUUCUCAGACAACAGCAUUGGAUCUUCUCUUUGAGCCUAGUCCGGCUAUUCAGUCGACCCUCUUGCCGGUGGUGCGAAACGCCAAAUACUCGUCUUACUCGGAACUAAUAGAUGAGUGCCGGACUGCGCUGUUCGAUCUCGCAAGCAAUUCUGCUCCAUCUAAACCGAAUCCCGCCUUGUUGUCCGUUGUUGGGUCUCACCCACGCCUGGGCUCCAAAAGAGUCGACUCAGCACAAUCAGCUGCAGAGCAAGCCAAUCUUCAAGGGGAUGGAGAGCAGCUUGCAGAACUCAAUCGGGAGUAUGAAGAAAGAUUUCCCGGCUUGCGAUUCGUCGUCUUUGUAAACGGCAGAGGGCGAUCUGAAAUUAUGAAUGAUAUGAGGGCACGCAUUGACCGUGGGGACUUUGCCAAAGAAGUUGACGCGGCGCUUCAGGCCAUGUGUGACAUUGCAAAGGACAGGGCAUCCAAGCUGUUGGCUUGA